GCUCUGCCAUUCGCUUGUCAACGUCAGCGCGUAGUUUGGCGCGAGCUGAGUGUUAAUAUGACAGAUUUCAUGAUAAAAGAAGUCAGUGGUGACUUAUUUUCGGCUGGUCCAGAGUAUGCCAUGUGCCACUGCGUGGCCGCCGACUUGCGUAUGGGCAAAGGCAUUGCCGUUAUGUUUCGCAAUAAAUUUGGUCAAAUUGCCACAUUGCAAAAGCAAAACGUGCAGCCCGGCGGCGUGGCCGUGCUGGAGCAUCAGGGACGCUACAUUUACUACCUCAUCACCAAGCAGAACAGUUGGGGCAAACCCACCUACCAGCUGCUGCACAGCUCCUUGAGCGCCAUGCAACAGCAUAUGCUCGAACACAAUGUGCGCAAAUUGGCGCUGCCACGGAUAGGCUGCGGCUUGGAUGGGCUCAACUGGGCCAAAGUAAAAGACAUGCUAGCCGAGAUAUUUUACGCAGACUCUACCGAACUGGUUGUAUAUAAUUAUGUGCCAGGUGCAGCCAAACAAAUUAAAUAAACAGGAACUGUUGUAAAUU